AUGACUUUGUUGUCCGGCAAGGAAAGAGUCACUUGGUGCGCCAGUCUUGAUUAUCCCAAUCUUUCAAGUCUCGACUACCUCGACACUAGACCAUCCUCUCUGCACAAACCCGUUAAACCUAUCGAGCCCGUCGCGCCCGGCAGGCCUAAAGGCUCCACCGCAACCACCCGUGAAACGCCUGCUCCUGACACUCUGACCCCCAGGGGACUCAACCGGUCCCGUCGAUCCGUCCCAAGCUUCCUCCCCAGCCUCCAGGAUCAUUCAGCUUUGAAUCGUCAUUCGGCUCCAGUUGCGAUCGAAGAUUUCCCUUCAAACCCCAAUGUCGCCGAGCGACGAAUCCAAGAUCCCAGCUCCGCGCUCCGCCCUGAUGUAAACGGCAUCAUGCCAUCGAGCGUGGCAUACUCCGAAACUCGAACGCUGCCCAGCGGGCAUCGUCGUAGCUUGAACGCUGCCCCUCGCUUUACCUCUGAGUCGAAUGUGAAGAUGGACGAGCCUCGUCCUAGAAAUGAUGAUAUCUUCUUGAACAUCGCAAAGACUGAUACUGACCGUCGAGAAUCGCUGGGUCGGUCGGACUUUAGACGUUCGCGAUUAGGUUACUCCAGUGGAAGUUUACGGUCGCCAGCCACUCGCGAACAGAAUGAAUCAACCCCUUCCCCAGAUCAUCGCCCCAAUAAUGUUGAAAGCCCCUUGCUUUCCUCACAAAAUGACUCUCCUACAAUCCCAUAUAGCUCUACCCCUUAUUCUCCAGCGGCUUCGGCUCACCCUCUCGAUGAUCCAAAUCGCUUCCGCUACUCCAGCUUGACGUCAGGUGCGCGAUCUACAAUUGGCGCUCCUCGCAGCCGACUCAGUCGCGCCAGCCCUGAGACAUCGCCGCGCUCGCCUGCCAUAAACGGAGAACAUCGUGAGCGACGAGCCUCUUUACAUGAAUCGCGCUUACAUCGAAAUUCCGGUCUCUCUACCGUCAGGGGAAGUCGACAACCUUCAACUUCAGAAGUUACCGAGCGCGCCCACGGUGACGGAGAGAAGUCACGACUAGACGGAACUGAAUCUACACUAUCCACUACUGCGCCGUCGACUGUCUGGGACGAAUUAGAUGAUCUGAAAUCGCGCAUUCGCAAACUAGAGUUGACAGGGAAACUACCCCCGUCCUCUCAAGCGGCCAUUUCAGGCGCAGCUAACGAAAGGCCUCGGACUGCUGCUACAACCAUGACUGCUAUGUCUACUUCACCUCGACACCACCGCAAAGUGAGCAGUCCAUCUACGGAGGCGGAAAACGCUGCACAGAAUCCCGUGCACCCUCUUCUGCAGUCAGCAUUGGCCAAGGCAAAGUCGGUCUUGAGUAGUGACGUGUACUCGGCGCUAGAGGCGACGAUCACAGAUGCAUUGGCUCUUUCCACAAUAUUGGGCGUCAGUACAGCUCCGUCAGGCACCGUCUCUGUGGUGAAUGGAGGGUACAGUUCGUCGUCCGAGCGUCAUGCUCGCCGCAAGGCCGAUAGUGUGUGUCGUAGUCUCACUGAGCUCUGUCUAUCUUUGACAGAUGAGGAGCUCAGAAGAAGUCGAUUUUCUUCAAGCCAGGGUCCGUCAUCACAAUUCCAGCGAUCGACAAAUGGCAAGAGUGAUGCUGAUUCGCUAGCGCCAGCACCAACACCUUCAUACCAGCGAGCUACAAGCCACGAGCCUGAAGCAUCUGAGCUACGCCAUAGCACCAAUCGUAUUCCGAGUCGCCUCGAAGCGCGCAGAGCAUCUCUAGCCAAUCCUAGUCCCGGGUCUACCAUUGAAUCUAUAUCGGCCCAAUCACCGAACCUACCUACCCCUCCAAGCCGUCUUCACCGCAUCUCCACAUCAAUGCGUAGUCGCAGGGUACCUACCGAAGAAGACGGCGCCGAGACCCCGAAUCCAAAUAGUCGCGCCCUCUCACGAGCCAUGACGGAAAUAGGCACACCAAGCCCUGCGCAAAGUGUCUCGCCUCGACAAAGGGUCUCCAGGGGCCAUUCAGUAUCUGUAUCUCGUUCUAUCUCCGGCGUCCAGCAAGACCAGGGACUAGGCAUAACUCCUCGCUCACCACAAUACCCUCCAUCAACUCCUCAAGUAUCAGCCUCACAACCUCGAACACCCUCCACACUAUCCCAGACUGGGAUCCCAUUUCGGCGAAGCUACAUGACACCAGCCGUUUACUCCCCUGCAACCUCAAGAUCCAAUAUCCAAGCUGGAUCACGCCGCUACGGUCUUUCCCCUGGUCUAUCAAAUACCACGACAACGCCCAAUUCCAAUUCUGGACCGGGACCGGAGGAAAAUUCCCGUUCCUCCCGACUGGAACCCUCUCAAACUCGCAUCAGUGCCCCAUCCAACAAAACAGUCACAAGCUACACUCCUAUCCAACAACAACGUCUCCGAACAAAUAGUCUAGGCAGUCGGAGAUUUGCACUAAGACGUCGUUCUGCUGUUAACCCCGACGAUACAGUGAAUCUAGACGAUAGCAUUGAUUGA